AUGUGCAACCCCAGGGUUCCAGCACUAGGACGAUCCAAAGGAGAUUUUCAAUUGAUUUGGUUUAAAGAUGAAUUAUUGAAACUUUUAUUGGAUUCAAGGCACAAAUGUUACUGUUGUGGUAACAUACUCGCAGACAAUCCUGGGGACACGCUACAAGCGGUAUCGGGGACACGCUACAGACGGUCCCGGGGACACGCUACAGACGGUCCCGGGGACACGCUACAGACGGUCCCGGGGACACGCUACAGACGGUCCCGGGGACACGCUACGGACGGUCCCGGGGACACGCUACGGACGGUCCCGGGGACACGCUACAGACGGUCCCGGGGACACGCUACAGACGGUCCCGGGGACACGCUACAGACGGUCCCGGGGACACGCUACAGACGGUCCCGGGGACACGCUACAGACGGUCCCGGGGACACGCUACAGACGGUCCCGGGGACACGCUACAGACAGCCCGACAGACGGUCCUACAGACAGUCCAAACGACAGACAUGCCACACAGUCCGAAAGACACACACUACAGACAGUCCUACGGACACGCUACAGGUGGUCCUACGGACACGCUACAGAUGGUCCUACAGGUGGUCCUACGGACACGCUACAGACGGUCCUACAGGUGGUCCUACGGACACGCUACUGGCAGUCCAACAGCCACGCUACGGGCGGCCCUAUAGACACGCUACAGACAGCCCGAACGACAGACAUGCUCACAGACAGCCCUACAGACGCGCCACAGACAGUCCGACAGACUGUCGUACACAGUCCGUACGACAGACGCCAAUAGUCCGAAAAACAGACGCUACAGACUGUCCUAUGGACGCGCUCCAGAUGGUCCUGCGGAUGCGCUACAGACUGUCCUAUGGACGCGCUCCAGAUGGUCCUAUGGACGCGCUACAGAUGGUCCUAUGGACGCGCUACAGACUGUCCUAUGGACGCGCUACAGACUGUCCUAUGGACGCGCUCCAGAUGGUCCUAUGGACGCGCUACAGACUGUCCUAUGGACGCGCUCCAGAUGGUCCUAUGGACGCGCUACAGACGGUCCUAUGGACGCGCUACAGACUGUCCUAUGGACGCGCUACAGACUGUCCUAUGGACGCGCUACAGACUGUCCUAUGGACGCGCUACAGACUGUCCUAUGGACGCGCUACAGACUGUCCUAUGGACGCGCUACAGACUGUCCUAUGGACGCGCUACAGACUGUCCUAUGGACGCGCUACAGACUGUCCUAUGGACGCGCUACAGACUGUCCUAUGGACGCGCUACAGACGGUCCUAUGGACGCGCUACAGACGGUCCUAUGGACGCGCUCCAGAUGGUCCUAUGGACGCGCUCCAGACGGUCCUAUGGACGCGCUCCAGACGGUCCUAUGGACGCGCUCCAGACGGUCCUAUGGACGCGCUCCAGAUGGUCCUGCGGAUGCGCUACAGACUGUCUGAAAAGCAGACACGUUACAGACGGUCCCACGGGCGGUCCCACAGACACACUACAGACUGUCCUACAGACAGUCCCACAGACACACUACAGACUGUCCUACAGACACACUAGACAGUUUUACUGUUUUACGACACGCUACAGACAGACACGCUACAGACAGUUUUACAACACGCUACAGACAGUCCUGCAGACACGCUAGACAUACAGUAGCACCCCAGUAACUGCAUCUCAGUAAGCAUCAGUAAGCAUCACUUUCAUACAGACACGCCACAGACAUGCUACAGACACACUGCAGACAUUAAUAUGGACAGGCUACAGACAUGCUACAGACACACUGCAGACAUUAAUAUGGACAGGCUACAGACAUGCUACAGACGUGUUGAGGACACGCUACAGACUUUCAUGCAGACACGCCACAGACAUUCAUGCAGACAUUCAUGCAGACUCUCUACAGACUUUCAUGCAGACACUACAGACAUUCAUUCAGACACGCUACAGACAUUCAUGCAGACACGCUACAGACAUUCAUGCAGACACGCUACAGACAUUCAUGCAGACACGCUACAGACAUUCAUGCAGACACGCUAUAGACAUUCAUGCAGACACGCUAUAGACAUUCAUGCAGACACGCUACAGACAUUCAUUCAGACACGCUACAGACAUUCAUUCAGACACGCUACAGACAUUCAUGCAGACAUUCAUACAGACACGCUACAGACAUUCAUACAGACACGCUACAGACAUUCAUACAGACACGCUACAGACAUUCAUGCAGACACGCUACAGACAUACAUGCAGACACGCUACAGACAUUUAUUCAGACACGCUACAGACAUUCAUUCAGACACCCUACAGACAUUCCUACAGACAUGCUACAGACAUUCAUGCAGACACACUACAGACAUGCUACAGACAUUCAUGCAGACACGCUAGACAUACAGUAGCACCCCAGAAACUGCAUCUCAGUAAGCAUCAGUAGUAUGAUUGACUAGUAUGAUUGAUUGACUAGUAUGAUUGAUGAGUAUGAUUGAUAGGUGUGUUUCUGAUGAUACCACUGAGCGCUGUACAGCUGAAGCCUUCUCCAGACUGGAGCCAGUCUGUGCACUAACGUGACACCACAAGACUAUGAAAGCCCACUGAGCUAAACUCCUAGGCAUUAGCCCAGGGAGCUGCAGUUAAGUAACCAGGACCAGUCAAUCAACAGUGUCUUCCUGUUUAACCUCCAGGUCAGACCCCCCUCCCUCUCUUCCUGCCCACAGUCAUGUGCUAAAAUGGCACCCUAUUCCCUACAUUGUGCACUAUAUAGGGAAUAGGGUGCCAUUGGGACACAACCCAGUGAGGACCCCCACACUGUCUCCGGCUGCAGUCCACUGUUAUUCUAAAUGGUAGAUUUACCAAGGCCACUAUAGAAUUCCUCUGGGUUACAGCCAAGAGCUGGCCGGCCGCACUGGGGGAGAGAGGAAAGGAGGACGAGAACUCCACUCAGCGGUUCCUGGGGAGCGACACUUUCCCUCUCCUGCCCUGUUCCUUCUUCCACCUCUUCUUACAAUUCAGAUGUGUAUGUUGGCCAGUCAUGGAGGCUCUCCUGCCCCUCUGAGCUUCGACAUGUCUAUUCAGAUGAUGUGACAUCCUAUUGCAGUUCAUUGCCUUAUCGUUGGGCGCCAGGUGUGUCACUCCAUUAAUAAUGUAAGUGACUGUAACUGGCAAUCUGUUCCAUACUCUGUCACUAUCUUCUGCAUUUUGUGUUCCGGGAGAAAUAGUCUGAAGUGCUUCCUGUUUCUCAGUGUUCUAUACAGCACGUCACUUCCUCUACACCCACAGUUGUGCUCAUGGAUUGGCAGCCGCACCAGAAUGACCAUACAGAAUGUGGUCUAGUAUGGUUUUAAUUCACCUGUCUGAUAAUGUGUAUACAAAGAGUAUUAUGAAACUCUAAGGACUCAUGAAAUCAAAAUCAACAAAUGUAUCUUGAUAUCAUUAAAGUGUAUUUUUGUGUG